GCAUCAAUGAAGGCUUGUUACUGAAGCAGACUAGCUCCUUCCAGAGGUGGAAGAAAAGAUACUUCAAGCUCAGAGGACGAACUCUAUACUGGGCCAAGGAUUCAAAGUCUUUAAUAUUCGAUGAGGUGGAUCUGUCUAAUGCCAGUGUUGCUGAGACCAGCACUAAAAACAUUAACAACAGUUUUACCAUCAUUACGCCAUUCCGAAAGUUAAUCCUGUGUGCAGAGAAUAGGAAGGAGAUGGAAGAUUGGAUUACUGCAUUGAAAUCUGUCCAAAAACUUGAGAAUUAUGAGGCAAGCCAGCUGAACAUGGAACAUUUCUCAGGGAUGCACAACUGGUAUGCGACAUCCCACGCCCGCCCCACCUUCUGCAAUGUCUGUCGGGAGGCCCUCUCAGGAAUGACCUCUCAUGGGCUCUCUUGUGAAGUGUGUAAAUUUAAAGCUCACAAACGAUGUGCUGUUAGAGCAAUCAACAACUGCAAAUGGACCACACUGGCCUCUGUAGGAAGUGAUAUCAUUGAAGAUGAGGACGGGAUCGCCAUGCCUCACCAGUGGCUGGAGGGGAACCUGCCUGUCAGUGCCCGAUGCGCCGUCUGUGAUAAAACCUGUGGCAGUGUCCGGAGACUACAGGACUGGAGGUGCCUGUGGUGCAAAGCAAUUGUCCACAAUAUAUGCAAGGAGCAGUUAGACAGGAAAUGCCCGCUGGGACAGUGCAAGCUGUCUGUCAUUCCUCCAACAGCCCUGAACAGCAUAGACCCAGACGGUUUCUGGAAGGCCACUUGUUCCUCAUCCUGUAGCAGUCCCCUCCUGGUCCUGGUGAACUCCAAAAGUGGUGAUAACCAGGGGGUGAAGUUCCUCAGGAAAUUCAAACAGCUGCUGAACCCCGCGCAGGUAUUCGACCUGAUGAUCGGUGGGCCCCACCUCGGCCUACGACUGUUCCAGAAGUUUGCUACAUUCCGAAUUCUGGCCUGUGGAGGAGAUGGAAGUGUGGGCUGGGUCUUGUCCGAAAUCGAUAAAAUGGGUUUACACAAACAGUGUAAGCUGGGUGUGCUGCCCCUGGGAACAGGCAAUGACCUGGCGAGGGUACUCGGCUGGGGUGGACUAUGUGACGAUGAUGCACAGCUUCCUCAGGUUGUGGCCAAACUGGAGCGUGCCACCACCAAGAUGCUGGACAGGUGGAGCAUCAUGACAUAUGAAGCAGCAACGAAGCCACUUCCCAUCAUAACAGGAGACGAGGUUUACAAUUCCCAGGAUCCGAUCUCUCAAUACGCCGAUUCCGUUGUUUAUCAUUUAACAAAAGUCCUUGAUUCCGAUCAACACUCUGACGUUAUUUCCUCUGCCAGGUUUCUCUGUGGGACAGUAAGUGACUUCAUCGCUGAGGUUGGUAAAGCCUACAAGAAGGCCGAGGAUAACAAGGAGGAAGCAGACACCAUGGCCAACAAGUGUGCCACAUUAACCCAGAAGCUGGACUCGUUGGUGAAGGCUCUGACUGAUGAGGCACAAGCUGUUAUUGUUCCCGCUGGCAUCUCUCCACCCACCACUGUGGGACAGGAAAAGAAGCAAUGUACAGAAAACGGAGCGCACCCAGAAAAAAUUCCAGACACAAACGCUGUACCCAAAAUCUUCAAGUCAAAGGAGCAACUUAUGUUGCGAGCCAACAGUUUGAAGAAAGCACUGCGGCAGAUCAUUGAACAAACAGAGAAAGUGCUGGAUGAACAAAACAGACAGAGUCAAGUGAUACGCAGCACUUCCGCAAACGUUAACCUUCUAGCCACUUCAGUUGAGGGAGAGAGCUCAGAGGAGGUGAAACCAAAAGCUGGUGGGACAGGGGGAAGAAGAGGAACAGUGACUUCCAUGACAUCCACCAUAUUCCUUGACCAAUCUGAUGGCACCAGCCCUCCGAGUUUCCCUGAAGAUCCCAGCAUGAUGUCUUUCUCUGAGAGGUGUGUGAUGAACAACUAUUUUGGAAUUGGACUGGAUGCGAAAAUAUCACUGGAGUUCAACAACAAGAGGGAAGAGCACCCUAAAAAAUGCAGGAGCCGGACUAAGAAUAUGAUGUGGUAUGGAGUCCUUGGCACCAAGGAACUUCUUCAGAGAACAUACAAGAAUUUAGAGCAGAGAGUCCACCUGGAGUGUGAUGGAGUGUCUAUCUCACUCCCUAGUCUCCAAGGGCUAGCAGUGCUCAACAUCCCCAGUUACGCUGGUGGAAUUAACUUCUGGGGAGGAACAAAGGAGAAUGAUAAUUAUGGAGCACCGUCCUUCGAUGACAAGAAGCUGGAGGUUGUGGCAGUAUUUGGCAGCAUGCAGAUGGCCGUUUCCAGGGUUAUUAAUCUGCAGUACCACCGGAUAGCCCAGUGUCGUAUGGUGAAGAUUACUAUUAGCGGAGAUGAAGGGGUGCCAGUUCAGGUGGAUGGUGAAGCCUGGAUCCAGCCUCCAGGAGUUAUCAAAAUACAACAUAAGAACAGGGCCCAAAUGUUAACAAGAGACAGGGCCUUUGAAAGCACUUUGAAGUCUUGGGAAGACAAACGAAAAGGAGACUCUUUGAGACAGGUGACUCGGCCCCGCCUGAGCUCUCAGCAGUCCAUGGAGUUCCUCACGGAGGACGAGAUGGGUGAGGUGCAGCAGUUUGCACAGUCAGCGGAGACACUGAUCAACAGGAUCCACCAUGCGGCUGAGAGACAGAAGAUUAUUGAGCAGGAGUUGGCCCAUGCAGUCAAUGGAUGCUCCCAUGUCCUAAGUGAAGUAUUGCCAAAGCAAAAUACUCCUGAAGCUAUGACCAGGAAUGCAGUUGUGGAUGUCUUUAGUAGUGUCAGAGCCCUGUGCGCGGAGACAAAGGCACUUCUUGAUGGGAAAUUACUGGAGUUGGAGCCCCCCUAUGAAGAGGAAUUGCAGACUGCGCUGAGUGAUGUUGAGAAUGACCUCCAGAAGCUGGCUGAGCUACACUGGCUGGGGCAUGCUAUACAAACAAGUGAUGUGGAGGAACAUUCAAAGGGAAGCAACAAGAGCAGCAUUAAGAUAAGAAUAAAGAAUAUGUCAAGAAAGGAGAAACUCCAGAAGCAAAAGUCGAACAGUUCUUUGCUAGGAUCUGGGGAUAACCAAGGUGGGCCACAUGACACAUAUACUGCAUGGUAUUAAAGAAAUCAAUCAAAAAUCAGUCGCCUCUGAACUGUAGCAACCAAACAAGACCAGAGGAAGAUUGCUGCUGAAAUAUUUCAUGUGCUCUAAAGGGAUAUGUUUCUCCAUUGAUUUUUGACUCUUCAUGGGCCGCUUGCCUGAUUUCGCUGCCUAGAGGACAUCAGUAGUACUCCGGUGUUUUUGAAUGUCAAAGAGAAUGAACUUCUUCCCUGUGCAAUUCCUCCUUAAGGCUUAGGCACUGCAUGGCCAGGCACAUCUCGCAACCUAUCCCAACCUGUCAAUCAUGGCCACAGAGGUCGCCAUUGUAACUGCUACAAAACUGUGACUAAUAGGAACCUCCCUCCAGAGGACAGGAGCAUCCCAGUGGCAGGGAGUCACACAGCCACUCAUCCAUGAAUAGAAAUGAUUUAGUCUCAAAAUGUUGGGAUCAGAUCUGACCCAAAGCACCAACUGCAUUGUCCGCAAGAGGGUGGGUCAAUCAAUGGCCCGGCCCUGUGAUUCCCAGCAGGUGGCGAAAGCUCAUGACUCUGUGACUGACUUGAUGCCUUUAUAAUGUUGGGGAGCUGUCAAUUAAAUUCAGAACGUGAAGUCAUGUCUGUUAUGACUCCUUCUCCAUGAAUGGGAAGCCUUCAUUAACAUUGCCCAUUCUGCAUGAGCCACCACCAUUUCAGGCCAUGGCCUCUGCUUCACAGUUGCCAGGCAACAGAAGACACAGCUCCCUUACCUGAUGGACUCUGACAAAGGAGGUUCAGUGGCUGUGGAAUUAUCCAGAUAAAUGUAUUGUACUGUGUAAUGGUGACAAUCGAACUGUCCAUCUUUAACCAAGUGUGAUUCCUGCUCGGGGUGUUGCAGUGUCCUGUGUGCUGGUGAAUCGUGUUCAUGUCCCAGAGAUUUGGUCAUCAUUCUAAGUGUAGGAAUUAAGCGUGUGAAGCACAGCACAUUUUAACGAGCUGUCUAAGGAUGAGGGCCAUCAAGACAUUCAGCUCCAAAUCAGCAAACCCUUUGCAAGAAAGGAGAUGAUUUUCACCUUCGCUGAGUGGAGCUGAUCACCUACCCCCAGUAUGGUCUGCAAACGAUGGACUCCAUCUUCUAGAGAACACCCUUAGGACUGUUUGAUACAGGAUAGUGUAGAGAGAGCUUUACUCCAUAGCUAACCCUGGGCUGCAUCUGCCCUAGGAGUGCUUGAUGGGGAAAGGGCAAAAAAAGCUUUACUCUGUAUCUAACCAUGGGCUGUACCUGUCCUGGGAGUAAUUGAUGGGGACAGUGUAGAAGAAGCUUUAUUCUGUACCUAACUCGGAAUUUCCAGAUGCAGAAUUAGUUCUAGCUUACCUGAAAGUCUUCAACUUCCCAAUACAGACAGCCUUCCCUGUGAUUUCCAUAGACAGGCUCACAACACCUGAUUGAAAUUGAAUAUUAUAGUUUUAAAAUGCAUUUUACACAAGUCAUCAGAUUACUCUCCAAUGUGCAAGUCUCCACUUGGAAAGCAUUCACACUGAGCAGCCUGUUAUUUCCUGAUCCAUUUCCUGGGCUCUGGUAAAUGUCUCCUUGACUGUCAAUUACUGAUCCCAUAAGAAAUGAGAACAAUGCUAUUUGGUUUUUACAAUCUUUCUGAGAACAGCUACCCUGAACCUGUUUUGGCUUUUCUGAGAUUGCAGCAUUUAACAGGAACAUUGCUCAGCAACAUAGCUUUGCCCAGUGGCUUCUGCCCUUGGAGAGCCAGUGAUGGACAUACUCUGGCCUGCUUCAUGGAGCAGUGACCACAAAACAGGAGUUUGCACCACUGCUUCCCCCAGUCACUUGCAAAGCGCAUGUACUCAGCUGCACCAUCCUGUACAACUGCUGUAUAUCAUGCAAACGGCCAAACCCUCUCACUAUUCCCUGUUGGAUUGCCAUGAACCCCAGCCACUGGGUUACUCACUGCAAGUUUAUUUCUGUGACCGGCGCUUUAGUGCGUCUCUCAUUCCCACCUUUGUGUCAGGAUGUGAUUGAUACAUUAUCUCACACUUGUUCACGCUAUCUCACACUUAUAUGUGGCAGCAUGGUGGCUCAGUGGUUAGCACUGCUGCCUCACAGCGCCAGGAACCCAGGUUCGAUCCCACCCUUGGGCGACUGUCUGUGUGGAGUUUGUACAUUCUCCCCGUGCCUCCGUGGGUUUCCUCCCACAAUCCAAAGAUGUGUAGGCGAGGUGGAUUGGCCAUAGGAAAUUGCUGCUAGUGUUCAGGGAUGUAUAGAUUAGGGGAAUGGGUUUGGGUGGGAUGCUCUGAGGGUCAAUGUGGACUUGUUGGGCUGAAGGGCCUGUUUCCACACUGUAGGGAUUCUGUGAUCUAUGAUUUCACACUUGUAUACGUUAUCUCACAUUUAUACAUCAUCUUGCACUUGAACACAUCUCAAAACACAUUAGCUCACACUUGUACACAUCAUCUCACAAUUGUAUAUCUUCUCACACUUGUACACACCUUCUCACACCUGAACGCAUUAUCUCACACGAUUUCACACUUGUACACACUAUCUCACACUGGUUCACAUUAUCUCACACUUGCAUUUAGUACUGGGGGAAGUGCACCAGUUUUGGAAGUGCCACCUUUUUGAUGCAACGUUAAGCCAAGGCAAUACCUGCCUGCUCAGAUUACUGUGUGAAAGACCCCAUGGCACAAUUGGAAGAGCAGCAGGAGGUGGGCUAGAGUGGAGUGGGAGCUGGGAUAAAUCACCAAAUUCCUGGCUAACAUUUAUCCCUGAUCCAAUUUCUGAAUCAGAUUGUCUGGUCAUUAUUGCAGUGCUGUUUACGAGAGCUUGCUGUGCAUACGUUGGCUGUUAUGUUUCCUACAUUAGAACAGACUGUGCUUCACAAGUACUUAAUUGGCUGUAAGGUGCUUUGGGACAUCCUCAAUCCAGAGGAGAUUCGAUUUAAAUGAAUGUUCUUUACUGAAUUCCUACAUUCGCCUUAGCCUUUUCCCACUCCGAGCUGGGAAUGUGAUUGAAACGUUAUCUUCAACAUGGUUCAGUAAUGUCUUGGUGAGUGUCUGUGCUUUGCGAACCUCUGACUGUGCUCCACAUUGUUUACAUCUGUAUGUAGCACUUUGGUUGUAAAAAGAGCAAACCCAGGAGAUUUAUUUAUUGUUUGAUGCUGAAGAGAUGAUUUAUAAAGAAAUUCCUUUAGUUUUUUUUUGCAUAUGUGGAAAGAGGUCGAAGGUACUUCAUUGUAAUAAACGAAACCUCGGAGAUGAUUAAAA